AUGGUUAAACAGAAGGCAGUUGUGUUAAUGGGUGGAGAUUCGGAUAAUUUGUGGGCAAGGUCCGAAUAUAUUGAUUUGGUGCGUACAAAAGUAGUCUACACGGGCCUUGGUGAGGGCCAGGCGACAGAAAAAGUGCGCAUCCUGAAGCAGGCGAUCACACAGGAUAUUCCCGUGUCGCUUCAGGGUCGGAUGCUCCCGGCAAUAAGAGUAGAUCCGGAUUGGCUUGUGGCGUACACCAGGCUGUAUGCUGAUGUUUGGUCCAAGUUUAGAAAGGGAGAAAAGGCCUCGGCGGUGGCGAGUUUUGCGAGAUCGCCGCGCCAGGAUACGGAGAAGAU